AUGCCUAUUCAACACAGCAAGUCUAACCGCUUGACACCUAGGAAACUCGAAGGAAGCUGCCAAUGCGGCAGCGUUGAAUUUACCCUCCAAUCACACACACCUGUCCCCUAUCAGCUGUGUACCUGUAGCAUCUGCCGCAAAUUAGGCGGAUACAUCGGCGCCGUGAACCUCGGCGGCAUUGCAGAGAGCUUGCAUAUCACCAAAGGCAAAGACAUGAUCAAGUACGACCCCACCCAUUCUGUACAUUUACCACCGCUAGCCCCGACAAGAGCCUGUGGUUCCAUACAUCUCACCAGGAAUUCUGGAACAUCCAUGUCUAUACCAAGUACUGACUUUGUGAGCAGAAAAUACUCCGCCAUCAAAAACCGCGGCACAGCAGAUGAAGAGGUUUGCUCAUCUGAGCGGAACUUUUGUUCGAAUUGCAGUACCAUGCUAUGGCUUUGGGACCGUCAGUGGCCCGAGUUAAUUCACCCAUUCGCAUCCGCAAUCGAUACAGAGCUGCCGGUGCCGGAUGAAAUGGUAUGCGUAAUGGUGGGAUCGAAGCCGGCUUGGGCACGGUUGCCGGAGGGCAAAAAGAGUGUACAUGAGUUGUAUGGUGAGGACAGCAUCGAACAAUGGCACAAGCGACAUGGACUCUUUGUCGAGUAA